GCUAAGUGAUAGUGACGUGUUUCCGCUUCCUGUCCCUCAUUGACCGGAAACGCGAGUCAUCAGCUGCAGCGGAGAGGUUUGUAACUGUAAUGUGUUCUUGUGAGUAGACAACCAUGGCAGACCUGAGGAAGCCCUAUACAGAGCCUGAUAGAUUCAUCUGCAUUUAUCCUGCUUAUAUCAAUAGUAAGAAAACUAUCGCUGAGGGCAGGAAGAUACCUGUUGAAAAGGCUGUACAGAAUCCAACUUGUGUGGAAAUAGCAGAAAUAUGUCGAGCCAACAAGUUAAACGCCAUUGUUGAGGUGGAUAAGAUGUACACACGUGAAUGGAAUCGGGAUGCACAGUACAAGGGCAGAGUACGUGUGCAGCUGAUGAACGAGGAUGGCUCACCCUGUGUGGAUAAACUUUCUUCAAGGAAAGCAGUGAUGCUUCGUGUGGCAGAAGAUAUCCCCAAACUAAAGACUAGGACACAGAAAAGUGGAGGUGGAGACCAAACGGUCCAAGUAGGAGAAGGGAGCAAGAAAAGUAGGAAAAAGAAGAAGUAAUGGACUUUGUGAUAAAGAUGAACCUGACCUAUUGGUGACAUUGCAGAUAAACAAGAGAAUCGAAAAACCUUCAUAGACGUAAAAGAAAUAAAACAUCUCCAGAGUCAGCUCAUUUAAUAAAUGACUCAUUUAACAUUGGGUAUGAAGAAUCUUAGUGUUUAAUCAGUAAAUUAAGCAUACUAGGUUUUUGAAAGAUGAUCAUGUGAUGGAUGAGGUUAAGGGGAUCUGACUGUCAUUCUCAUAACCUGCAGCAGAACGACAAGUUCAGGGCGAGUGUUUAUUUUAUUUUUGUAUUUUUUUUUUUUGUAUUUUUUAUUGAUAUGCCCCAGGCUAACAAGAAUCCAAUAUUAUUUCUUUUACUAUAAUCAAGAAGAUGGAUAUGUUUUUACUGACCAUGCCUCUGGACUUUUUUCUUUUUUUUCUUUUCCUUGUUCUAUAUGCUGGGGCUUUAUGUUCUUGCCUCAUCUGUGAUGGACUGUGCACAAUAAGUAUAAAACAGAUUUGUUUUAAUAAACUAAAAUAAAUGGC